CAAUUAGGGUAUUUAUAUAUAUUCAUUCAUUAUCACUUGUAUUAUUAUAUAAUCCAAUUCAUUCACUAUUGAACGUAUGAUAAUGGAUGAUCAAAUAACAUUACAUUCGAUUGAUGAAAACACUAUGAAUCAACAAGAUUAUGAUAGUAUUGUAUUUGAUGAUGAUGAUGAUGAAUUGACUAAACAAAAAUUGGAUCAUUCCAAUGAUAUGAUGAUGAUGAUGAUUCCGAAUGAUGAUGAUGAUGAUAAACAACAUGGACAACAAUUAAUGUUUAUGAAUAAUCCACAACAACAACGACGGCCAAAUUUAGUCCAUUCGGUCAGUAUCAUUGUUGAACCAGCAGUUAAUGUUGAUGUUGAUGAAGAAACAAAUGAUGAUGAUAGCUUUAAUGAUGAUGAACUACGUAUAUCACCGAUACGUAUAAGUGAACGUCGAAAAACGAUUGCCGGACCAAUUUCAGUAUUUGAAGAUCUUUAUUAUGAUCAGCCUAAAAAAGCUAAAGAAUAUGAUGAUGUGGUUCAAUCGUUAAUUACAUCAGCUCGAUUACGGAAAGAAGAAUUUGCACGAUUGCUUGAAGAACAUGAUCAAAUUGUCAAAGAGAUUCGUAAAGCUGAAACGAAUUUAAUAUAAAAAAAUUAAAUGAAGAUGAAUCAUAUCUAAUCAUUCAUAAGAAUAAUUAUCAUCAUUAUAAUUUCUAUGAAUCAUAAAUCUAAAAUAAUCAUCGAAUUCUAAUGAAUUCUAUGGCAACCGAUUCAAGAAACAAUUUAGAUAAAUAUCAAAUUAGAAAUGAAGACCAAGCUGUUUAAUGGCAUCAAUAUACAUUCUUAUUCGCCUAUUUUCAUUAAUGCCUGUUCAUUUGAAUAUCAAUUUGGAUCAUUCAUUUUUUCAAAUUUAGAGAUGUUAUAUUAUUAUUAACACACAUCAUUUCUAAUCAUCAGAUCUGAUAAACCAAGAGCUUUUCAGCCUUGUGAAAAAUUAUCAUUUGUCCGUUCAACCUUUUUUUUUGAUUCAACAAUCAAUAUAACUAAUGAACAAAUUGUUUAAUCGUUUUACCCGUAUUUUUUUUUUUUUUUUUUUGAUGAAAAGUUUCUUUACCUAAUUCUACUUUUUGUUUCCACAAUUUAUUAUACGUGCAUUGAUUCAUUUAAAUUGUAUUUUUAUUUAUUUAUUUACAGAAAAAAUAAUCUAAUGAAUUACAAAUCAUUUAAUGACAGCGACAAAAAAAAAACCAAAACAAAAUUCCAUUGUUUAUCCAUAACCAAAUGAACGAGCUUCAAUUUUUUUUUCAUCUUUAUUUUCGGUUUCCGGUACACGAUCAAUCCACAGAACUAUCCAAGAUUUCCAAUUCAAUAAAAGUAAUUGUAUUUUCUUUC